GGGAUAGACAUAUUCGGAGGUAGAGAGAUCCUUUUCUUUCGAUAUCCAGCGAACAAUAAUCAUUACCCUGACUCACAGCGCGAGCUCUCUCCCUCUCUCCAAAUAUAAAAGAAGUUUUUCAUUCCCUCAAAAAUUUCAAACACCUCAAGGAAGUACAUCCCCUCAAAUUCAAAAACUUGUUAAAAAUUAAGCACACCUUUCUUUCAAAUUCUCAUUUGUCGUACAAAUUAGAGAGAGAGAGAGAGGGGGGGCGAGCGGGGAGAAAAGGAUGCAUUCUGCAACUUCUUCACUAACAUCACCACAAUCCGAUGCCAUAGACUCUUCACCACUCCUAGCCCAUUCAAUUGCGAACCACCUCCUCCGGAGCCGCCGCCUGUUACGCCGUCCACCACAACUCCGUGGCGCUGCCGCCCGUAUCCUCCGUCGGGCGAGCAGCCGCCGCAUGAUGCUCCGAGAACCCUCUGUUCGUGUUCGUGAAAACGCGGCGGAGCAGCUUGAAGAGAGGCAAAGUGACUGGGGUUACUCGAAGCCGGUAGUUGUUAUUGAUGUUUUGUGGAGUUUGGCGAUUGUGAUAAUAGCUGUUGGUGUCCUGGGGUUAAGUUUGGAGGAGAAGCCAAGGGUGCCUUUCAGAGUGUGGAUUGUUGCGUAUAUUUUGCUGUGUUCGUGUCAUGUUGUCUGUGUUGUUGUUGAGUAUAGAAAGAGAAGGAAUUUGGGGUUAAGAGAGAGUGGGAUUUUGAGUUCCGACUCAGGGGAUUCGUUGGAUUUCAGAACUCAACAAAGUGAAAAUGAUGGUGAAAAUACUAGUGUUGCUAAGCGUGUGGAAUCUGCAAUGACGACGUUUUCAAUUAUAUGGUGGAUUAUUGGAUUCUACUGGGUUACUACUGCUGGUCGCCAAAAUGUGGCAAAGGAUUCACCUCAGCUUUACUGGCUUUGUAUUGCAUUUCUUGCUGCUGACACGCUCUUUGUAAUUAUUUGCAUUGCUGUUGCAUGCCUCAUUGGUAUUGCUGUUUGCUGCUUCCUACCUUGUAUAAUCGGCAUCUUAUAUGCUAUGGCAGACCAGGAAGGAGCGACUAAAGAAGAGAUUGAUCGAUUACUAAAAUACAAGUUUCACAGGAUAGGGAAUUGUGAGAAAGUUAAUGAUGAAAGUCAAGAGUCUUUUGGUGGGAUGAUGACUGAAUGUGACACUGACACACCCAUUGAACGUGCCCUUUCCCGUGAAGACACGGAGUGUUGCAUUUGCCUUUCUGCCUAUGAAGAUGGAAGCGAACUACGUGAACUUCCUUGUGGUCACCAUUUCCACUGUAUGUGCAUAGACAAGUGGCUUUGCAUCAAUGCAACCUGCCCUCUCUGCAAGUUCGACAUUCUAAAGGCUGACAGUCAAAGUGGCAGUGAAGAAGCAUAGAGAUCAGCCAUUUGGAGUAGACAUCUUCCCUAGACGAAUCAUGUGGCCCUGUAGUGUGGAGCUGUUUUUGUUUUUUUGGUCACAAGCAGCAUCUGCUCGGUGCUUUUGAUAAGAGCGACCAAGCAAUCUGUGCAUUAUUAUUACUAUUACUAUUAUUAUCCACGAGUUCUGGAGGAUUUUUUUUUUUUUGUGUUUCUGUAAAGAUGCAGUUUUCUCAACUUCUUCCCCUUUUUCUCAGUAUGUAAGUGACAAAAUAACCAUGCUCAAUUAGAUGGUGGUUCCUCUUGUGCUCAA